GUCUUGAUUUUCACAUGGGUCCUGGCAGUGUCUUCUUGUUGCCACAGUUUGAUUUUACACUUCCCUCUGAGAAAGAAGCCCUGGAAUGUCCCUCUGUAGGACCUCUGAAGGCCACAGAAGACAGGGAGGAGGAGGAAGAGAAGAAGGAGAAGGAGGAAGAAGAGGGUGAUAAGCAAAUUAAGACUGGUGCCCCAAAGAUGUGCUCUGAAGAGUCUUCCUCUUGGAUAGUUCCAGAGAGUCCUCCUACUGAACGUCUCCUUUCUCGAGGAAGGCAGUCUUGGUCUCCGUCCACGCUAUCUGGCCUGAAGAAGGGAAAGGGGCAGGAAGGCAAAGGAAGAAGGUCACCUGGCAGCUUUCUGCCAAGAAUUCAGGUGGUGGAAAAGGACAGCAAGCACAAGCAAACUCUCAGUGUCAGACCUCAAACCACACUUCCCGUUUUCAGAAAUGAAAAGAGGAUGUCUCCAUCACACCAGGAAACCAGUCCUCAGGCUAGGUGGUCUCAGGAAACAUUGACAGAGAUUUGGCCAUGGUCCCCACUGCCAUCGAUUGGGAAAGAGGAGAGGACUGCUCCCUUCCUACACAGAGCCACGGUGAAGAAGAAGCUGGAGAGUCUGCAGGGGCUACACAAACUGAACAUGUUCACCAACCUCAGCCCAGGAAACUUGAGCAGAAGCACCUGUCCGAGGCGUGAAGGACUCCAACUCCGGAGCUCUGGGGCUGGCCAGCUUUCUGUGCGAGCAAACUACACCCUGCAACUCUUGGAGACUUACCACACGCGUCGGGAAGAGUGGAGCAGGAGAGUAGAGCUGAAUCAGCAGAGGAAUUACGAAGAGACUCAGUUAUUCUGGUAAAACUCUCCAGCUAUGGAUGGUGUCUCCCCAUCCCCUGCAGUGCCCUUCCCUCCACAACCAGGAGCACACAGAGGAAGGGUGCUGGCACCCUCGUGGAAGGACAACAGGCUUGGGAGGUUGGCACCUGGGCUGAGGCACCCUGCCAUCCAUGGGCCAGCUCUUGGACCCUGUAGGAUUUCUGGAUGAGCAGAAAGUUGUGGGUGGCCAAAGAGUGAAGGAUUCCUCUGGUGCUUUCUAACUAGACACCGAGACACCUUGCCCUGUGGGUCAAUGCUUACUUGGUCCAAAGUCUUUUCUUUUGCCCGACCCAUCCCCAGGCUGACUGCCUGCACAUGGGACCUUGUCAUUGCCUCAGGUGCGGGGUCCUGUGUCCCAUCAUAGAAAGUAUGGAAACGCCAGAGGAAGCAGAUCCCAUAAUAUCCAGCCUGAACUAAGCCCAUAGCAUUUCUGUGCCUUCCUUCCAGUGCAAUAAAACCAAACUGUUCCUCCUUAAUGCCACAGCAUUGGGCAGCAGAUGACUCUCCGGGAUCCAAGGGAAAGGUAUCUGGACUUCUGGCAGAACAGAGGACACGUGAAUAUGAUGGGGAAGUCUGUAAACAUGGUCCUGAGCCCUCCCAGGGAUGGCAGGCCCCCCCAUCUCUGUCUCUUCUAUAUUCCUAUUAAAUCCAGUCUCCACCUC